AAAUUCAGAUUCACACUUGGUAACUAGCAAGGAAAGAUUUCAAACCCCAAAUAGUGCAAUUGAGAUCUUUGUAUGAAUACAUACUACUGAGAAUAUCUAACAUGUUGUUACUAAUCAAUGUCAUUCUCACCUUGUGGGUUUCCUGUGCUACUGGACAAGUGAGAUCUUGUCAUUUUCCCGACAUUAAACAUGGAGGUCUGUAUUAUGAGAGCAUGCGUAGACCAUACUUUCCAGUACCUGUAGGAAAAUCUUACUCCUAUCACUGUGAUGAACAUUUUGAGACUCCUUCAAGAAGUUACUGGGAUUACAUUCAUUGCACACAAGAUGGGUGGUCACCAGCAGUACCAUGCCUCAGAAAAUGUUAUUUUCCUUAUUUGGAAAAUGGAUAUAAUGAAAAUAAUGGAAGAAAGUUUGUACAGGGUAACUCUAUAGAAGUUGCCUGCCAUCCAGGCUAUGGUCUUCCAAAUGAGCAGACCACAGUUAACUGUACGGAGAAUGGCUGGUCUCCUCCUCCCAGAUGCAUCCGUGUCAAUUCUACAAGAAAGUGUGGGCCCCCUCCACCUAUUGACAAUGGAAACACGACUUCAUUCCCGUUGUCACUAUAUGCUCCAAAUUCAUCAGUUGAGUAUCAAUGCCAGAACUUGUAUCAACUUGAGGGUAACAAGCGAGUAACAUGUAGAAAUGGACAAUGGUCAGAACCACCAAAAUGCUUACUGAGACCUUGUCAUUUUCCCGACAUUAAACAUGGAGGUCUGUAUUAUGAGAGCAUGCGUAGACCAUACUUUCCAGUACCUGUAGGAAAAUCUUACUCCUAUUACUGUGAUGAACAUUUUGAGACUCCUUCAAGAAGUUACUGGGAUUACAUUCAUUGCACACAAAAUGGAUGGUCACCAGCAGUUCCAUGCCUCAGAAAAUGUUAUUUUCCUUAUUUGGAAAAUGGAUAUAAUGAAAAUAAUGGAAGAAAGUUUGUACAGGGUAACUCUAUAGAAGUUGCCUGCCAUCCUGGCUAUGGUCUUCCAAAUGAGCAGACCGCAGUUACUUGUACGGAGAAUGGCUGGUCUCCUCCUCCCAGAUGCAUCCGUGUCAGUAAGUACACUGUUCUGAGAUCCCAGCAUGUUCAUGUCUUUCUAAGUAACAUGGAUGACAUUCUCAAACUCAUCCAUAUUAACUGUGGCAAAAUGUUUUUGUCAACUUGUUUUGCCAACGGACCUAUUAGUUUUACUUUUUAA